GCGGACGCGUUUACGUAUCGUAGCCACACCCCAUUCGACGGGCUACGGUGAGCCUUGUAGCAGGAAGAAGAAGGAAAAAAAAGAUGGUAGGACUGCAACAAGUCGAGAGCAUUUUUGUCAGAAAGUUAAAUGCAAACUUAAACCAAACAUCAUUUGGACGAAGCCAAUAAAGAGGUAGUGUGUUUUAUUUCGAAAGCCAGAAACGGAAGCUGCCCCUAAUCUUGGAGCGUUCUUGACUGAUCGUUCCAGCAACAGCUGGUUUUGCACAAAUGGAGUGCGUACGUCAACCACUGUGACGUUUGGAAGUUGCGUUUACGUGUCGGAGUCUCUGUGAGCCGUUCUGCAAGCCUUUAAAAGGAGCACCAUGGCCAUGUGGAUCCAAGCCCAGCAGCUGCAGGGCGAUGCCUUGCACCAGAUGCAGGCACUGUACGGCCAGCACUUUCCUAUCGAGGUGCGGCACUACUUGGCCCAGUGGAUUGAGAGCCAACUAUGGGAUUCAGUGGAGUUGGGCAACCCAGCAGAGGAAGCCAAAGCCAAGCAUCUUCUGGACAACCUGGUGUCAGAGCUUCAGAGGAAAGCCCAGCUUCAGGGAGGAGAGGAUGGCUUUCUUCUUAAGAUCAAGCUGGGACACUAUGCAAACCAGCUCAAGAGCACAUAUGACCGCUGUCCUUUGGAGCUAGUGCGCUGCAUCAAGCACAUCCUGUGUUCCGAACAGCGACUGGUUCAAGAAGCUUCGAACGCAAAUUGUGUGAGUGGGGGGCAGGCCAUAGACAGCCUCUCCCAGCGCCACCAGCAGAUCAAUCAGGCCUUCGAGGAGCUCCGACUAGCCACACAGGAGACUGAGAAUGAACUGAGAAAGUUGCAACACAGCCAAGAGUACUUCAUCAUCCAGUACCAGGAGAACCUGCGCCUCCAGGCCCAGCUGAGCAGUCUGAACUCCCUGCCUCCAACUGAGCGCACCCAACUGGAAACCACGCUACAAACCAAGAGGGCCACCGUGGAGGCCUGGCUGGCCAGAGAGGCCAGCACGUUGCAGAAAUACAGGCUUGACCUGUCAGAACAACACCAAAAGACCCUGGCCCUUCUGAGGAAACAACAAACUUUGAUUCUAGAUGAGGAGCUCAUUCAGUGGAAGAGGAGGCAGCAGUUAGCUGGCAAUGGCGGUCCCCAUGAGGGAGGACUAGAUAUUCUCCAGUCCUGGUGUGAAAAGCUGGCAGAUCUGAUCUGGACGAAUCGACAGCAGAUUCGCCGCUGUGAACAUCUCACUCAGCAGCUUCCUCUGCCAGGUCCCAUGGAAGAUCUGCUGAGCAAGCUCAAUACGGACAUCACUGAUAUCAUCUCUGCCUUGGUCACUAGCACCUUCAUCAUUGAAAAGCAACCGCCCCAAGUGUUAAGAACCCACACCAAGUUUGCAGCAACGGUGCGACUUCUGGUGGGUGGAAAGCUCAACGUCCACAUGAAUCCACCUCAAGUAAAGGCUGUCAUUGUUAGUGAGCAACAGGCCAAAGCUCUACUCAAAAACGAAAGCACACACAGUGAAAGCAGUGGUGAAAUCCUUAACAACAACUGUGUGAUGGAGUAUCACCAGGCCACAAGCACGCUCAGUGCAAACUUCAGAAACAUGUCUCUGAAGCGAAUCAAGCGUUCGGACCGUCGAGGCGCAGAGUCGGUGACUGAGGAAAAGUUCACGGUUCUGUUUGAAUCACAGUUCAGCAUUGGAGGCAAUGAGCUGGUCUUCCAUGUUAAAACUUUAUCACUACCAGUAGUCGUGAUAGUCCACGGUAGUCAGGACAACAAUGCCACCGCAACAGUACUUUGGGACAAUGCCUUCGCUGAACCAGGUCGGGUUCCAUUCGUUGUACCAGACAAGGUACUAUGGAGCCAGCUGUGUGAGGCCCUCGAUAUGAAGUACAAGGCGGAGAUGCACAGCGGCCGUGGCCUGUCAGAGAAUAACCUGGUCUUCCUGGCACAGAAAGCUUUCACAAGCACAAGUAACAACCCAGAGGAAUACCGCAACAUGACCAUAUCCUGGGCCCAGUUCAACAGGGAGAGCCUACCCGGACGCAACUUCACCUUUUGGCAGUGGUUUGAUGGAGUCAUGGAACUUAUGAAGAAACAUCUCAAGCCUCACUGGAACGACGGGGCUAUCCUGGGUUUUGUUAACAAGCAGCAGGCACAGGAUAUGCUUCUGUCCAAACCCAACGGGACAUUCCUCCUGCGAUUCAGUGACUCUGAAAUCGGUGGCAUCACCAUUGCCUGGGUGGCGGAGAAUCCCAACAAAGCAGGUGAAAGGCUGGUAUGGAAUCUGUUGCCGUACACCUCCAAGGAUUUCUCCAUUCGCUCCUUAGCUGACCGCAUCAGCGAUCUGAACCACCUCCUGUUUCUCUAUCCCGACCGACCCAAAGACGAGGUCUUCGCCAAGUACUACACGCCACCACUUUCAAAAGCAGUGGAUGGCUACGUAAAACCACAGAUCAAACAAGUUGUGCCAGAAUUCACCACCCCAAAUCCUGAACCCAGCGGAACAACUCCCACGUUCAUGGACCAGACGGCUUCUCCCUCUGCGGUCAACCCCAACAGUUUUGCUGCCUACCACUCUAUGGGGGACGCCAUGUUGGAUGCGGAGGGCGACUUUGACCUGGAGGACACCAUGGACGUAGCUCGACAUGUGGAAGAGCUACUCUGCAGGCCCUUGGUCAGCCAGUGGAGCAGCCAGCAGUCCUGAAUGGGGCACAUCAUUUCCUCCGGCAAGAUCACACGAGCAUCUUCACAUCCUGGACUUUUGGAAGACGACGGUCAGGUAUUAAACAGAGAGCAAAUCUGACAUCGUGUCAGUCUUGUCCCUCUCAACGGGUUUCCUCAAGCUGAAGAAUACCACGGGUGCCUUUCAACAGGCUUUUGAUACACAGCCGAAACAUAGGGCUAGUUUUGAUGUAAGCAUCCCGAUCACACGCGCCUGACAGGACUUCAUUGUGCCGAGGACACGUUCACCUCCCGUCAAGUGUUUUUCUCAUCAAAAUCUAUAAAGUACACACUGAACAGAUGCCAAGGAAGGAAGAUAUCCAUCCAUGUAUCUCUACGCUCACGCGCAUCCUAAUUAGGGCCGUAUCUCAGCCGACUUUGGGGCAAGAGGCGCGGUACACCCCCGGACCGGUUGCCGACUGGAAGGCGGAGGUGCUAACCGCUCGUUCACGGCGCCGGGAAAAGUUGUGUUUCUUUUCAAAUAGGAAUCAAUCAUUCUCAUACAGAAUUAGCAGUGGCAUGAACUUCAGAAAGUGCCGCAUUUCGGGAAAUGUACGCAAGCUCGUCCGCCGCAGUCUAUGGGCGAGAUUUCAGUUUGUUCUCAGGAGAUCCAAGUACAUAUAAGGCAUUUACAUCAAAAGUACAUUUGACAUAAUCAAAACUGCAACAAGACUGAUAAAGCUGUCACUUGUCGAGUAACGUAACGUAUGAAUACGUGCAGUACAUACAGUCCCCUCCAAAAGUAUUGGAACCUUUUGUUUUUGUUGUAUACGGAAGACAUUUGGGUGUCAGAUCAAAAGAUGACUAUGAGACGGAAGUUCAGAACUCCAGCUUUUAUUUCGUGGCAUUUGCACGUAGAUGCGUUUGAAGCCACCCACCUGUCAAGGGAGCAAAAGUAUUGGAACAGACAUUAUUCAAUUGACUUCAAGUGAAUAACAUUGAAUAUUUGGUGGCAUCGUUUGAAUUUGAGCGAUUCCGAUUCUGGUUCCAAAUGAUUCUCGAUUGCGAUUCUUUUAGGGGGCUGGCUCAAAAACGUUUGCGUGGUUUAAAUCAAGGGUGUCCUAAUUAAUGAACAUCAUUUUCUUAGCAGCCUGCUGCAUAAACUAAAACCAACAUUGGACUCGGGGUUCUUUAUAACCGGUAUCAAUAUCAAGCCUCUGAACGAAAAGGCAAUGUGUGUGGGACUAACCCAAUCGACUUAAUAUUCGUGAUUGUUGCAGGUAAAAGUUCAAUAUAGCAUUGUUAAAAUAGUUAUUUGCGACUGUUUUAUCACGUCAAAUGGUUUGACGUGCAAGUUUUAACUCGACUUCCCGUUUUAAGCGCGCAGCCUUUUAUUUUUGAAAGGUACGCGCACCGGAACUCGGCAUUUUGGCACGAAAAAUGACUUCGCGCGACACCGGUAAAAACGAAAUGCAAGACAAAGAGUCAUGGAGGGAACCAAAUGCUGUGUAAAACAUUGAUUCCUUCACCUACCCACCAAUGAGACGCACGGCUAGUGUUUGUCGUACCGUGACGUUUUGAUGGAUUUUGUCCCAAUUAAAGUUGCUCGUUUGACCUUUGGUGGAGUUUUAGCUCAAUGUUAAGCUUGUAAUGCGACUGUUUCUACUUUUUUCGGAGUAUGGGUAAUUUAAUUUUAAUUGUAUUUGUCAUGAACGCUUAUGUUGGUUUGAAGACUAAAAUAAACGCUAAAAACCAUCAGCGCAACCCACCGUUUAACUUCUUAGCUGCCUCAGUGUUGGCAGAGACUUAUUUUAUUCUUUCACACUCGCCCAGUUGACUUGACUGAAGUUCGCUCGGAGCGCGUCAGACUUCUUUCUACACAUCGUGAAAGCCUCCGUUGCACAAUAUAAUCUUAAUCCAAGUGUUGCACUCAGGUAAACACUUUCGUUUGCCGCUGCCGUUGGGCACGUGCGCGUUCUUCUUCGUUGGUUUUUCGCUACUUUCUUCUUCGGGGUCGGCGGACUGUAGGCACCGAAACAUCGGGACCAAAAUGUUGUAAUUUGAACAACUCGGCGAGAACCGGAAUGUUAGUCCCUGUUCCAAUCGCUUAACGAUGCCUAACCCUUACCUGCAAUAACUGCAUCAAGCCUGCGACCCACUGACUUCACCAGACUGUUGCGGUCUUCAUUUUCUUUUCCAGGCCUUUACUUCAGUCUCUCUCAGUUCUUGUUUGUUUCUGGGGGGGUUCUCCCUUCAGUCUCCUCUUCAGGUGGUAAAAUGCAUGCUCUAUUGGGUUUAGGUCUGGUGAUUGACUUGGCGAGUCUAAAACCUUCCACUUUUUUCCCCCUGAAGAAGUCUUUUGUGUUGGCAGUGUGUUUUGGGUCAUUUCCUUAUUGCAUGAUGAAGCUUCUCCUGAUUAGUUUGGAUGUAUUUUUCUGUAACUUUCCAGACAACAUGGUUUUGUAGACAUCAGAAUUCAUUCUGCUGCUACCAUCAUGAGUCCCAUCCAAAGACUAGUGAGCCCGUUCCAUAAGCAGCCAUGCAAGCCCAACCUCCACCAUGCUUCGCAGAUGAGCUCGUGUGUUUUGGAUCAUAAGCAGAUCUUUAAUUGGCUAGAACAAAUCAAAAAGUCUUUUAGUGAGGCCUGUGGCUUCCAUUUGGACUCAAAUUUAAUAUAGUAUAUAUUAUAGUGUAUUGCAAAAUAUGGUUCCUUCCCCUAUGAAGGGCAAACUGGCACUUUGUUACUGUUAAGUACCUUGCUGCAUGUCUUUUCGGCAUCACGUGGCUUCAGCAUUUAGCUGAUCACCAGAUAUAUUCCAGACAACAAUCAAAGAAGCUCGAGAUCUACAAGACCAUCCAUUCUCUGUACCACUAUGCUUCACUCGGGUCACGGGCGUGCUUGAGCCUAUCCCAGCGGACUGGGCGAGAGGCCGGCCACACCCUGAAUUGGUCGCCGGCCAAUGGCAGGGAACACAUAAACAACCAUUCACACCUACGGGCAAUUUCGAGUCUUCAAUGAACCAAC